UAUUAUCUUUGUACUUAUCAUAUAUGUUAAUCAAUGUUUCUUUAUCUUUUACUUGUAACAAUUAUUAUUCAAUAUGAAUAUUGGUGGCAUAUGCAUUAUCAUUGCACUAUUGGCAAUUAAUAUCACACUAUCAAAGUCUUGCAGCUGGCCAACUGCCUUUAGAAAUACAAUAUGGCACGACAGCAACCGUGGUGAGGUGACAUUUACAGAUACGACACUGAGUGGCUGGGGCGCAACAGCUCAAGGGGGGACAACAAUAGAUUCAUGGGAAUGCUACAGUGUAAAUGAAACUUCGUCUACUACAUUAACACUUUUACUGAAAGCAACCACAACUUUUGAAUUAUGGAGAAUGCAUUAUGUCGCAUAUGCGUGUUUGCAGAUGGAAGAGUUUUCGGAGCAGGGUUACAGGUACUACCAGAUGUCUGAAGAAGACCAAAGAAUGAGUUAUGACCGUCUCCCUGUGUCAGAAUCGAGUACAUAUCUAAUUAACCCACCAACAGAAAACCGUCUUUGUUUGUCGUCAGAUGACACCAAUGCGCCAUCUACAGAGGAAUAUCAUGUCAUCAUAAGAAAUGGUACAUUUUAUUAUUUAAAAGGUUAUUUUAUGACUAUUCAAAGGUCGACACAACCCUUUUGA